UUCUGACAUUUAGGUUGGUAAAAACUUUAGGAGUAGAGUAAAAAAAAACCUAUUGUUCGACUCGAAAUCCUUAUAUUGGAAUUGAGUAGUGCGACGAUCUGGGGACGAGAAAAAAAUAUUUUUGUAAAAGAAAAGGUGGAAGCAAUGCAGCAGUUCAUCCAAUGCUCCAUCCAGCCAUGAAUUCGUAAUAAUUAUUCCCGGUCGCGACAGAAAAGGAUUUACUUUUGUUAUUAUACUCAAUUUUCAACAAUUGUUUUUAAAAUAUCGACAUCAUGGAUAGUGUAAACAAAUACAAAGACAAUUACAAAAUACAGAAGGAUAUUUUAGACGACUUGGCCAGCCGUUUCAUAAUUAAUGUACCGGAAGAACGGUCCGAUCAUAUUCGGAUAUGCUUUCAAAUGGAACUGGCCCAUUGGUUCUACCUCGAUUUCUAUUGUGUUGACAAGGCCAUGAGAUGCAACAUAACGAGCUUCGCGAAACAACUAUUCGAACAUAUUCCGUUUUUGUCGACACAGGCGGACAAAGUGAAUGAUAUUUUAAAUCAGUUCAAACAAUACAAGAAAAACGUUCCAACUUACGGUGCUAUCUUGAUGAAUAGUGAUCUGGACAAAGUUCUAUUGGUACAAUCAUAUUUUGCGAAGAGUUCAUGGGGCUUCCCAAAAGGCAAGGUCAACGAAGAUGAAGAUCCACUACAUUGCGCUAUACGUGAGGUCUACGAAGAAACUGGCUACGAUAUUUCGGACCUAAUAAGACCGGACGUAUUCAUUGAGGGCCAAAGUCGACCGGAAGAUCAUCAGACCACACGACUGUACAUCGUGCAAAAUGUUCCAACCGAUACGGUGUUCGUUCCGCGCACUCGAAUGGAAAUAAAGUCGUGUGAAUGGUUCAGCUUGGAACAUUUGCCGACGCACAAAAACGACACCGUUUGCAAAAUACAUUUAGGAAUCAAUGCAAAUUCGUUCUUCAUGAUCAUGCCAUAUGUGAAGCGAUUGAAGCGAUUUUUACUGGAUGGCAGUACUACGCAAAUCGUGGAUGUUAUGGUCGACAAUCAAUUGCAGAAAAGCAAGAAAUUUUCAAACGGUGUGAACAGCAACGGAAAUGGUUCGACAGACGUGACCAAGAAGCGACAGCGCCACAAAUCAUUGGGCGACCUGGACGGAGUGAAGCCAUUAAGUGGCGUUGCAAUCGGCUUCCAACAGCAGGGUAAAUUACCCACAAAUCCGGUACAAAACGUCGGUUCGUCUGUGAUUUCAUCCAAUGGUAAAAGGAAGGUGAAGCCAAACUCAAAACGGCAAUUAUUCGGUGGAGAUGGACUCCUAAGUGGUGGAAACGAUUAUGCUGCCACCGGUCAUUAUUUCGAUGACAAUGCCAAUACUACGCCAACAAAUUACGGGAAAUUGUCGAAUUUUAAGACGCAUAGACAGAGCACACAACAUCGCCCAAAGAAUCCAAUGCAGAAAAGGGCUAUGGUUCCCAUUGACGAUUUUCUCAACCGAGACCCGAACAUUGACCAGUGGAAUCAUUUUUCAUUCGACCGGUCAAAAUUAUUUGUAAAUUUUAACUUGUUAGAUUGACGGAAUGGAUUUCAUCCGAUUCGUUAAUUAUAAACAGAAAUCAUAAAUCCA